AUGAACAUUCAUGAUGCAGAGUUUAGAAAAAUGGGUUAUUUCAUUUUAUUUCUUGUAUGCUUGAUAAUUGUAACCCUUAUAGUUACAAUUGCCUCUUAUCUAUGCACUCUACCAACUUUUUCACCUCUACCUCCACAGCUUGCACGUGAAACAAACCACACCACAAUAACUGUAGUAGUGGAUCAACCAGCUGACCAAAAUACUGCAAAUGUGUGUAGAAGCUAUGAUCAAAUUAGUACCCUUCCACGUUUAUCUGAAGUUAAGAUGUGUAACAGCAAUAAUAUUAAUUCUGUUAGUAGUUGUUGCUGUUCCAUAUGUUUGAUGGAUUAUAGAGAAGCUGAUUUGUUGAGAAUGCUUCCUGGUUGUGGACAUUUCUUUCAUGUGGCUUGUGUUGAUCCUUGGUUGAGAAUGAAUUUGACUUGUCCGGUUUGUAGGAAGACAUAUCGUUCUGUAUAA